AUGGUCACCAAGACGGUCAUCGCCCUGGGGCUCCUGGCCACCUUCUGUGCUGUAGCCAUGGCCACCCCUGAACCCGGCCGUAGAUAUGGUGGUGGUGGAUAUGGCGGCGGUGGUGGAUAUGGCGGAGGUGGACACGGUGGUGGUGGAGGGCGUGGAUAUGGAGGCGGCGGUCAUGGAGGUGGUGGAUAUGGAGGCGGCGGAUAUGGAGGAGGUGGAUAUGGAGGCGGUCGUGGUGGCGGAUAUGGGGGAGGUGGCUAUGGUGGUGGUGGUGGCUAUGGAGGCGGAGGAUAUGGGGGUGGUGGAUAUGGUGGCGGUCGAGGUGGAUAUGGAGGAGGCGGCUAUGGUGGCGGUGGGUAUGGUGGCGGCUACGGAAAGUAA